AGCCGAGAAUUGGCUUUAACUCUAAAGGAUAAAGAAUUAAGUGAGAAUGAGCUUCAUGUCAGAUUCAGUGACCUUUGGGAAAACUGGGUCUAUGGUGUGUCCUCAACUGUUCCUUCAGUCCCAGAGCCUAACAUUGAUGUGGAUUCUGAAGACAUCCUUUUGGAACAUUUUAAAAAGGAGACAAACAUGGUGAAUAGAGUGAAGGAAAAAUCUCAAAAGGAGUUUGAAGUCAAUUACGAAGAACAUGUCAAAAUGAGCAAAAGAUUUGGCUUAUUAACAAGGAACGUUGAAGUAUAUGAUAAAGAGUCCAUCACGAGGACUACUGACCACAUUAUUUCAAGAUACACUGAAAAUAUUAAAAACCUCCAGAGGCAACAAUGUGAUUACAACUCAAGUUAUUUCCAUCAAAUCCUGAGCAUAAUAGAUGAGGAGGUGAAAUCUGAACCCACUAAAGACAGAUACACAUUUACAAGUAAGUACAAAAUUGACUUAUCUUUGUGUUUAUUCCAAAGAGCAUCUGAGAAUUUUAAAGAGAUGCAUAGGGCAUUCAAAAAAGCAAAUGAUCCUGUAAGUUAUUUGGAAAGCAAGAAAGAUGAUUUCCUCAUGGGUUUUAAGAUCUCUUGUCAAGGAGCAACCUCAAUCAAAACAUUUGUUGAAUUUCUUUUGGAAAAACUCACUCCUGCUGUCCACAACAUGAUUUCAAAAAAAAUGGUCCCUAAAAUUGCUGGGGAUAUGCGAGCUACCUGCCCAGCAUUCAAUGGAAACAGGGCUAACCUGGAGAAACACGUUCUUUUCUCCCUGGCAGAAAAUGAAAAUUUUGAUGAUUACUGGGCAUACAUUCAUAAUCCCAAAACCUUUUUUAGAAAUUACAUUCAAAAUCAUAUUAAAAUAUAUUGUUUUGAACAAAAUAAAAAAAUAAAGAAUUUUUUAGAAAUAAGUAUACAUGACAUCAAGAAUGCCAUCCUCUCAGCUAUUCGUGAAUCCACAGCAAUAGCCAAAGAUAAAAGCAGC